GUGAUGUUUGCGUGACGGGAUUUGAAGCUCUCCAGCCACACGAGCAGGCGCCGACGAUUACGAUGCGACAGUUAGCGACACGGCCGAAUUCCCAGCAUCGGCCUGCAUUUCGCACCAUCAUCGUCCUCACCACCAUCCACUGCACUUCUCUUCUCCCCACCCCAUCCUGUCCUUGCCGCACCAUGCGAUAGCAGUUUGAUCGCCCACCGCAAGUCGCGCCGCCCGAAACACAGCAAGAGGCGCACACAGCUGGGAUCGCGUCGUUCCCCACGCGUCGAGCUGUCUCGCUGUUGAAACGCACCGAUAUACGCACCACCACCGAACGAGACACGAGACACGCGACACACCACCACCGCCGCCGCCAUGUCGGGCCCGCAAGUCUACUUGCGAUGGCCCUCCUUCACUCUCUCCGCCUUGCGCCCCGAACCGCUGCCUCACACGCUGCUGCCGCCCGUACGAGAACGCUCAUUUCGCGCGCCGUUCGGCAUUGAUAAGGACCUCUUCAAUGCCGCCCUCAAGCCGCAGGUGCCCAUUGCCUUCGCCUCCGCCUACAUCGUCACCGUCUUCCUUCUGAACGCCUACAACCGAAAGCGCAACCACAAGCCUUGGGCCGUCGCGCGACAAUGGUGGUUCCGGUACUUCGUCGUUCUGCACAAUGCCAUCCUCACUGUCUACUCGGUUGCGACUUUCCUGGCCAUGUGCAGAGCGUUUGCGCACACUUGGCCCGGCUUCAAUAAUGAGCACGGCAUGGCAGGAAUGGCGGAUGCGCUGUGCAAGAUCCACGGGCCUCGAGGACUGGGAGAUGCGACAUCCUUCAACACAACGCUGAACAUCUGGGAGGCCAAGAACACUGCAAUUCGUCUGGGCUACGAUGGCAAUCCAGACCCGACCGACUUUGGUCGUUUGUGGAACGAGGGCCUGGCAUUCUGGGGCUGGUUCUUCUACAUUAGCAAAUUCUACGAGGUCGUCGACACAUUGAUCAUCCUGGCAAAGGGAAAGCGAAGCGCUACUUUACAGACAUACCACCACGCAGGUGCCAUGCUCUGUAUGUGGGCCGGCAUUCGCUACAUGAGCCCGCCCAUCUGGAUGUUCGUCUUCGUCAACUCCUUCAUCCACGGGUUGAUGUACACCUACUUCACUCUCAGCGCUCUCGGAUACCGAGUUCCACAGGCGAUCAAGCGAUCUCUGACAUCCUUGCAAAUUGCUCAGUUCCUUUGGGGCGCCUCAUAUGCCGCAGCGCAUCUGUUCGUGCAGUAUGACAUCCCAAUCGCGACUCCAUAUCAGGUUGUUCACACCAUUUCCUCGGUGGUAUCAAGCGCUACAUCGAAAGCCCAAUCCGCAACGUCCGUCAUCUCAGAGGCCGUGGCCACUCCUUCUGCCAUUGCUUGGGCGGCUUUGGGCAAAAAGAUGCUUCUCCGAGCGCUCGGCGAGGAAGGGCUAGCAGAAAAUGUUCACGAUAAGCGCAACCAGCCACUAAAUCCAGUUAUGGAGCAAAAGAUUGAGGAGUUCAAGGACCACAUCCCAGGCGUGCCAAAGUACGAGACACGCUGGAGAACUGACUGGACUCGCGUCAACUGCAUCGACACGUCCGGAGAGGCUUUCGCGAUCAUUCUGAAUUUGUUCUACUUGGCUCCUUUGACUUUCCUCUUCGCACGAUUCUUCUACAAGGCCUACUUGAGGAGAGGCAAGCCACGAACUGCUUCUCAAGGCGCGAAGCAAGUAGUCGAAUCUGCCAAAGAAGGCGAGAAGAAGACCGAAGAGAAGGUUGAGGAGGCAGGCAAGAGACUCGAGGCCAAAAUUGCCAAGCUAGACCGUAAAGAUGUCCAAGAACAGCUGCGCCGAGACGUUCAGGCAUUCAGAUCAGGUUCCUACAAGGCUGGCCGCAAACUCAGCAGCCAGAUUCAGGACUUGGAAGAGCAGAUCGAUAACGCAGCGUCCAAAGCAAAGCAAUCCGGCAAGAAGGCAGUUGGUAACACGCAGCAAGCCGGCAAGGAUCUUGCCGAGGAGGCGAAGCAGACUGGUAAGAAGGCAGCAGGUAACGCUCAGCAAGCCGGCAAGAAUAUCGUGGAGGAGGCAAAACAACAAGGCAAGAAGCUGCAGCCCGCCAACACGAACGGCACAUCGUCACCAAGCAAAAAGAGCGGCGCGUCGACCCCUCGCGACGACAAAUGGUUCAAGAGCGAGAACGAUCUCGAGAAUGAGUCGGUGGACCAGGAGGAUACCGCUGCCAACUCUCCACGCGUGAAUGAGAAGCAGGAUGACUUCAGUCCCGGGAAAGUCCAUGAGGAAGGUAUCGACUACAUCAAGCAGCGCGUACGAGAUGGUACAUCACAAGCACCGGCUGACGGCGGUGUCAAUCAGGAUCUCCUUCCAGCUGAUGGCACUUCUAACGCAGAGAGCGAGAGCAAGCAGGAUGCUGUACUCGAGGCCUCUCGGGAUUCACGUCCUGGAGUCAAGGAUGGUAUGCCGGUCGACUGGGAGAGCGAUCGCGAGCAGAAGUCGAACAAGGAGAACGAGGCACCGAAGACCGGAGAUCAGUCUUACGCGUCUGUGGCGAGUCUGAAUGACGAAGACACCGAUGCUAUGGGUAGAAGUGGCGCCAUCAUCGAUCUGGCCGCAAGCAAGGCCGAAGAAGCUGCGGACAAGGUCGACGACGCACUUCAAGCCCGACCGACUUCUUCGUCAUCCUCGUCUCGGAGGGACCGGUCAGGUUCUCCAACGAAGCUGCCUCAGAGGCCUGGCUCAAGAGCACAGUCGCGUUCGCAAUCUCCCUCGAAGAAGCCUUUCGCUCCUCCGGGAGGCAAGGGAAAGUGACUCCACAAACGCAACAGCAGUAGUGGAGAUUAUUUUGCUCUUGUUCGAACGCCAUCCAGGAAUCGAGGAUCACCGGCGAGAGUAGCAAGUUUUGGUGGUGGCUGUGAGCUCGAGAGUCCGGGCGGCUCGCCAAUCGUUGCUCCACCUUCGCCGAUCCGAGCGUUUUACAUGCAGAGGAGUGCGAGUAGUAGUACAAGUAGCUUGGGCUUGAGGACUAGUUCGUCGGAGAUGUUGUGGUGAUGACUGCAGCUCGAGAUGUAGCAGGCUAGAUGCAUAGAAGGGAGGGCGAGAAAGGGCAAAGUGUGUAGAUGCCCAAAUCGAAUGUUUAAUGUCGCUUACAGACAGUUCUACGUUCGACUACCUUCGGUAUACUCAUUCUAUUGACGCGCGUCUUGUGUCAACUCGCUGCGACGCC